GUGCAUAAGGAAUUGUCGACCCAUUCAUACAUUUAUGCGUAAACUUCCGCAUGUGACCCAUGUGACAACAAGGGCUGAUUUAUUUCAGACCCAGUCAUUUGCGUUAAGUGUUUCUUUCUAUGCGAUCGAUAACCAGUGUUAACGUGGAUAAUUUAAACCAGAAGUGCUUGAAUACCUCAGUCCGUCUCGGGAAAUUGUCACGUCUCAAGAAACACACAGCCAUGUGCAUUAAAACGAUGUUAAUGAAAUUUUCCCUGGGGUUUUGUCUCUUACACUUAGGGAAUCUUGCCCAAGCGCAAUCAACAACAGGUGAACCUAGUGGCAACACCUUUGAAACAGUUUCAUCCACUGCAGGUGUAUCAACAUUCAGAAGAACAGAACCUACUGCAACUGCUUCAGAUGGAUCAACCUACUCCAUUACAGAACCUACUACAACUACGACAGAUGAUUCAACAUACUCCACCAUUGAACCUUCUAUAACUUCAAAAGAUGGACUGACAUAUUCCGCAACGGAACCAACUGCAACAACUACGGAUGGAUCAACAAACUCCAUCUCAGAACAUACUACAACAACUGCAGACGGGUCAUCAAACUCCUUUACAAACCCUAGUACUUCUACAAUUAGGUCAACAAUCGCAAGUAGAGAACUUACUACAACUACUACAAAUGGCUCAACAUACUCUAUUACAGAUCCUAAGACAUCUACAGCAGAUGAAUCAACAUUAUACAAUACGGGAACAACUACAACUACUACAUUUGAUUCAACAUACUCUACUACAGAUCAUACUACAACAACUACAGAUGAAUCGACUUACUCCACAACAGAGAAAACGACAACUACAACAGAUGAAUCAACAUACUCCACUACAGAACCAAUGACAACAACUAAAGAUGGAUUUACAAACUCCACUACAGAACCAACGACAACUACUACAGAGGAAUCAACUCACAAUCAUUUCACUACAGAUAAAUCAACAUACUCCACUACAGAUCGUACUACAACUAUAAUAGAUGAAUCAACAUACUCCACUACAGAUUCUUCUACAACUAGUACGGAUGAUUCAACAUACUCCACUACAGAACAAACGACAACUAGUACGGAUGAUUCAACAUACUCCACUAUAGAACCAACCAAAACUACUACAGAUGAAACAACAUACUCCACUACAGAACCAACAACAACUACUUCAGAUGAAUCAACAUACUCCACUACAGAACCAACGACAACUACUACAGAUGAAUCAAUAUACUCCACUAAAAAACCAACAACAACUAGUACGGAUGAUUCAACAUACUCCACUAGAGAACCAACGACAACUACUUCAGAUGAAUCAACAUACUCCACUACAGGACCAACGACAACUACUACAGAUAAGUCAACGUACUCCACUACAGAACCAACUACAACUACUUCAGAUGAAUCAACAUACUCCACUACAGAACCAACGACAACUACUUCAGAUGAAUCAACAUACUCUACUACAGAACCAACGACAACUACUUCAGAUGAGUCAACAUACUCCACUACAGAACCAACGACAAUUACUACAGAUGAAUCAACAUACUCCACUACAAAACCAACGNGAUGUGAAUCUGGUGGCACCAUCGUAGAAACUAUUUCAUCCAUUGCAGAAAUAUCUACAUACAUAACUACAGAAAGUACUUCAGCUACUACAGGUGAAUCAACACACUCCACUACAGAACCUACAACAACUACGAGAGAUGAUUCAACGUACUCGACAACAGAACCUACUGCAACUGCUACAGAUAGAUCAACAUACUCCACUACAGAAUAUAAUACAACCAAUACAGAUGGGUCAACAUACCUAGGUACAGAUCCAAUUACAACAACUACAGAUGGAUCAACAUACUCCACUACAAAACCUACGACAACUACUACAGAUGAUUCAACUUACUCUACUACAGAACCUACUGCAGCUGCUAGAGACAGAUCAUCAUACUCCACUGCAGAACCUACUACAACUACUACAGAUGAAUCAACAAACUCCACUAUAGAACAAACUACAACAACUACAGAAGGAUCAACAUACUCCACUACAGAUCCUACAACAUUUACCACAGAUGAAUCAACAUACUCCACUACAGAACAAACUACAACAAUUACAGUAGGAUCAACAUACACCACUACAGAUCCUACAACAACUACCACAGAUGAAUCAACAUACUCCACCACAGAACCUACAACAACUACCACAGAUGAAUCAACAUACUCCACCACAGAUCCUUCUACAACUACCACAAAUGAAUCAACAUACUCCACUACAGAACAAACUACAACAACUACAGAAGGAUCAACAUACUCCACUACAGAACAAACUACAACAACUACCACAGAUGAAUCAACAUACUCCACCACAGAACCUACAACAACUACCACAGAUGAAUCAACAUACUCCACUUCAGAUCCUACAACAACUACCACGGAUGAAUCAACAUACUCCACCACAGAACCUACAACAACUACCACAGAUGAAUCAACAUACUCCACUACAGAACCUACAACAACUACCACAGAUAAAUCAACAUACUCCACUACAGAACAAACUACAACAACUACAGAAGGAUCAACAUACUCCACUACAGAACCUACAACAACUACCACAGAUGAAUCAACAUACUCCACCACAGAUCCUACUACAACUACCACAGAAAAAUCAACAUACUCCACUACAGAACAAACUACAACAACUACAGAAGGAUCAACAUACUCCACUACAAAUCCUACAACAUCUACCACAGAUGAAUCAACAUACUCCUUUUCAGAUCCUACAACAUCUUCCACAGAUGAAUCAACAUACUCCACUACAGAACUAACUACAACAACUACCACAGAUGAAUCAACAUACUCCACCACAGAUCCUACAACAACUACCACAGAUGAAUCAACAUACUCCACUACAGAACAAACUGCAAUAACUACAGAAGGAUCAACAUACUCUACUACAGAUCCUACAACUAGCACAGAUAAAUCAACAUACUCCACUUCAGAUCCUACAACAACUACCACAGAUGAAUCAACAUACUCCACUACAGAACAAACUACAAUAACUACAGAAGGAUCAACAUAUUCCACUACAGAUCCUACAACUAGCACAGAUGAAUCAACAUACUCCACUUCAGAUCCUACAACAUCUACCACAGAUAAAUCAACGUACUCCACCACAGAUCCUACAACAACUACCACAGAUGAAUCAACAUACUCCACUUCAGAUCCUACAAUAUCUACCACAGAUGAAUCAACAUACUCCAUUUCAGAUCCUACAACAUAUACCACAGAUGAAUCAACAUACUCCACUACAGAACAAACUACAAUAACUACAGAAGGAUCAACAUACUCCACUACAGAUCCUACAACUAGCACAGAUGAAUCAACAUACUCCACUUCAGAUCCUACAACAACUACCACAGAUGGGUCAACAUACUCCACUACAGAACUAACUACAACAACUACAGAUGGAUCGACAUACUCCACUACAGAACCAAAUACAACAACUACAGAUGGAACAACAUACUCCACUACAGAACCUCCUACAACUACCACAGAUGAAUCAACAUACUCCACUACAGAACCUUUUACAACAACUACCACAGAUGAAUCAACAUACUCCACUACAGAACCUACAACAACUACCACAGAUGAAUCAACAUACCCCACUUCAGAUCCUACAACAACUACCACAGAUGAAUCAACAUACUCCACUUCAGAUCCUACAACAUCUACCACAGAUGAAUCAACAUACUCCACUACAGAUCCUACAAUAACUACCACAGAUGGGUCAACAUACUCCACUGCAAAACUAACUACAACAACUACAGAUGGAUCAACAUACUCCACUACAGAACCAAUUAUAACAACUACAAAUGGAACAACAUACUCCACUACAGAAACAACUAGAACUACUACAGAUGAAUCGACAUACUCCACUACAGAACCUCCUACAACUACCACAGAUGAAUCAACAUACUCCACUACAGAUCCUACAAUAUCUACCACAGAUGAAUCAACAUACUCCACUACAGAUAAUACAACAACUACCACAGAUGGGUCAACAUACUCCACUGCAAAACUAACUACAACAACUACAGAUGGAUCAACAUACUCCACUACAGAACAAACUACAACAACUACCACAGAUGAAUCAACAUACUCCACUACAGAACAAACUACAACAACUACAGAAGAAUCAACAUACUCCACUACAGAUCCUACAACUACCACAGAUGAAUCAACAUACUCCACUACAGAUCCUACAAUAUCUACCACAGAUGAAUCAACAUACUCCACUACAGAUAAUACAACAACUACCACAGAUGAAUCAACAUACUCCACUACAGAUCCUACAACUUCUACCACAGUUGAAUCAACAUACUCCACUACAGAACAAACUACAACAACUACAGAAGAAUCAACAUACUCCACUACAGAUCCUACAACUACCACAGAUGAAUCAACAUACUUCACUACAGAUCCUACAACAUCUACCACAGAUGAAUCAACAUACUCCACUACAGAUCCUACUACAACUACUGUAGAUGAGUCAACAUAUUCCACUACAGAUCCUACUAAAACUACUACAGAUGGAUUUACAUACUCUACUACAGAGCCAAUUACAACUACUACAGAUGGAUCAACAUACUCCACUACAGAACCAACUACAUCUACUACAGAUGAGUCAACAUAUUCCACUACAGAUCUUACUCAAAUUACUACAGAUGGAUUUACAUACUCUACUACAGAGCCAAUUACAACUACUACAGAUGGAUCAACAUACUCCACUACAGAACCGAAUAUAAACAUUACAGUCAUCGGUUCCAGUUGCACAUCUACUGAACAGUGCCUGCGUCGUUCAACUUUAAGCAUUGCUUCUAAUCCGGUGUCUUGCCAGGACACUGAUGGUGAUGGUCGAAAUGACACGUGUCUUUGUGACGAUGGUCACUUCUGGCAUGUGCAAGACAGAACAUGUACUCCUUAUCGUCGUUUUGUAUGCCGUGAUGACUAUAUAUAUGUAGCGCCCAGGUGGAGAAAGGAACAAUCAGACGAAGAUAUAUAUUUUGGUUCCUUUUGCGUCAUGCUUCAAACCAAUGCCCUGUCAUGGACCGAGGCAGUGGAAGGUUGCCGCUCCCACUCAGGCAAUAUGUUGACACUCUCCGACUUCACUUUGCCACGACCAUAUUCCUCUUAUACGCAGUAUUUGAUUCAGACUUUACAUGCCAGCAUUUCUUCAAGAUAUUGGACCAGCAUGAGGUUAAGUCAAGCCAUACACAACUUUAUCUGGGAAGGUGUAUAUCCUCAACCCGUUAACUACAGUGAACAUGACAUGUGGCAGUGGUCGGACAAUCAGCCUCUCCCGCUCCAUGGUAACUGCGUUGCUACCACAAACAUCUCCAUAUACGGUCGUGCAAACUUAACCACUGAGCCAUGUGACAGCAGACUGCCCUCUAUUUGUACCCACACCCCCAUCAGACCGGAACUGAGCACAGUUUCGAAAUGCCCUGAAGGUUGGCAAGGAUCGGCGGAACUAGACAAAUGUUUUAAAUUUAAUAAGGAACCGGCGUCUUACAAAAAUGCAAAGUCGUACUGUUCCUCUGUGGGAGGAAGACUGUAUAUUCCGCCCUCCUCUUCCUUCAUGAGAGCGUUUGCUAUUCGUGGAUUUGUUUUCAUGGGAGUGGAAUACGCCAGGGUCGGUGUUACCUGUCACACAAAGACGUCCUUGUGCAAGUUAGAAGAUGGACAGGUCGUCCCAUUGCAUCAAUUACGGUCUCUGAUUGGAGGGUCCAUCCUGCCCGAUCAGUUCGGCUCCACCGGAGAAAGAUCUGGCAGCAAUUCCAUGCAAGAUGAAACCUGCUUGGGCUUCGAUCAGAGUGCAAUUUUUGGUCGAAUUCUGUACGCAUCUACAAACUGCAAUGAAUCUUUGCCGUUUAUAUGCGAAUAUGAUUUGGCUAUUAUUGCAUCAGACGUGAAUAUCUCAGAUCCCGUCUUUGAUGAAUCCUCUGAAACCCUCACGUACUCAGUGUCAAACUAUGACCCAAACACCUUCGUGACGUUUGUGAAAGACGGGUUACAAAACCUUCACCGCACUCUGGUUCCAGCGAAUUUGACAGUUACCUACCCCUUACGGGUACCACCAACGCAAUCGAGAGGCGAAAGGCAAGGGUACUACUCUAUUGAGGUUUGGGGAAAGAAGCCAUACAGACGGUAUAGCUCUGGACUAUAUCUUCUAAGAUAUAUCGAUAUAUUCACGUUUAACGGUACCAUGAAAUCACGCUAUCUCGCUUCAUCCCCGAAGGAUUACACAGAACCGUCUCUGUAUGGCGGAGGAGUGGAACAUCAGCCGGGUGUUCGACAAACGCCCUUUGGUCAGAUCUCGAAAGACGUGAGAAGACUAGGAAAUGAGAUUUCCAGGAUUUCCCAAAACUUAUCCGUAGAGAUGGUGUUAACAGAUGUGUGGUACGCAAACACUGGCGGACUUCUUGUAGAUUUCCGAGCACAUGUACAAAAUGCUCAGCGUCGAAAGCGACGUAGUGGCGUCAUUGCCAACAGAACGAUGGAUGAUAUUCUGGGGGAUUUGAAUGCAGAACUAAGAGGGGUUAUGCAGAUUUUCGGUUUUAUACCGUCUACUCUUCAAUUACAGGUCCACCCAUGGGCAGAAGCAGGAAAACCGCCGCCAGCUCCAGCCACCAAACAAUUAACCUUCUCCAGUUGUCCAGAAGACAUGCAACGACACACAGAGUUCAACACGUCACGAGUCACGUGGCCUACACCGGAAGGGAUAGAUAAUUCAGGGAACAUUACUAUCGAAGGGGACUAUGAACCAGGCUAUGUGUUUCCCGUUGGAAAAACUGUUGUCACGUACACUGCCAGAGACACAGCAGGAAAUGAAGCCACUUGCAACUUCACCGUAGAAGUGAAGAAAAUAAAGAAAG